UUCAAGCUAAACAUGAAAAGAAAGGAGAUGGCCAUUAUGAAUAUCGUGAAUUUGUUCGACAUGUUACUGUCCCGAAUAAUGUUGAAGCUGAUCAAUUGAAAUGUAAAAUGGAUAAAGAUGGUGUACUUCGAUUCGAAGCUCCAUUGAAACAAAUCGAACAGAAAGAAUCUCGUGAACGUAAUAUUCCGAUUGAAAUGGUAAAUCGAAACAAACCGGCUGUUGAACAACAGAAAGAAGCUAAAAAAUGAAGGAAUUCUCCAGUAACAUGGCAAGAAUUGGCUUGAACAUUUUUUUUCUCUGUCAUUAUCUCAUAAAAAUUUUUGAUAAUCUCGUAGAUUAUUAUAUGAUCUUUAUAAUGGCUUUGU